CGGUCUGUUUCAAGUCCCCCAAUAGAAACUGUGCCUGAUUUGUGGCCAAUGUUGGAGAUGUAAAAAAAAAAAAAAAAAAAAAAAAAAGGAGGAAAAAAACACUAAGGGGGUAGCUAUGGAGAUAGAACGUUUUCCUGGCUGCUUUCUUUGACAGGUGUUGAGUGGGGUAAAAGUCUUAAAACAGAAUCCAGCAUGUACGCCAAAGGUAAAGGAGCUGUCGUCCCUUCUGAUAGCCAAGCGAGAGAAAAGUUAGCUUUAUAUGUGUACGAGUACUUACUGCACGUUGGAGCACAGAAAUCAGCACAGACCUUCCUGUCGGAGAUCCGAUGGGAGAAGAAUAUCACACUGGGAGAGCCCCCGGGAUUCCUGCACUCAUGGUGGUGCGUUUUCUGGGAUCUGUACUGUGCUGCUCCAGACCGACGGGAGACCUGCGAGCAUUCCAGCGAGGCCAAGGCCUUCCAUGACUACAGCGCGGCUGCCGCCCCCAGUCCGGUGAUGGGCAACAUGCCCCCUAAUGACGGCAUGCCCGGCGGACCCAUGCCCCCUGGCUUCUUUCAGGGACCUCCCGGCUCCCAGCCGUCACCUCAUGCACAGCCCCCCCCACACAACCCCAGCAACCCCAUGAUGGGACCUCAUGGCCAGCCUUUCAUGUCUCCGCGGUACCCAGGUGGACCUCGGCCCUCGCUCCGCAUGCCAAAUCAGCCUCCGGUGGGCGUCCCGGGGUCACAGCCUCUCCUGCCGAACAGCUUGGACCCCACCAGGCCACAGGGACACCCAAAUAUGGGCGGCCCCAUGAGGAUGAACCCACCCCGGGGCAUGGGAGGCAUGGGUCCGCAGAACUACGGAGGUGGCAUGAGGCCACCGCCCAACUCCCUGGGAGGCCCCGGCAUGCCUGGGAUGAACAUGGGUCCGGGUGGCCGAGGACCGUGGCCAAAUCCGAACGCUAAUUCGAUAGCCUACUCCUCCUCAUCUCCAGGCAACUACGUGGGCCCUCCCGGUGGCGGUGGUCCUCCAGGAACUCCCAUCAUGCCCAGCCCAGGAGACUCCACAAACUCCAGCGAAAACAUCUACACGAUGAUGAACCCUAUAGGGCCUGGGGGUAACAGACCCAACUUCCCCAUGGGCCCGGGUCCCGACGGCCCGAUGGGUGGCAUGGGAGCCAUGGAGCCUCAUCACAUGAACGGGUCGCUAGGUUCCGGUGACAUGGAUGGGUUGCCAAAGAACUCUCCUAAUAACAUGGCGGGCAUGAACAACCCCCCGGGGACUCCGCGGGACGAUGGAGAGAUGGCGGGCAACUUCCUAAAUCCAUUCCAAAGUGAAAGUUAUUCACCCAACAUGACGAUGAGUGUGUGAUUUUCUUUUUUAUUUUAUCUUUUUUCUUUUAUUUCCUUUUUUUUCUUUUUUUUUUUUUCAAAUUUUUUUUUUUUUUUUUUUUUUUUUUAACCCAACCUCCCCUCCCCAAUAUUGCUCUGCCUUGCGUUGCCCAUCUUCCUCCCCCCCCCCCCCCCUCCCGUCUCUGGUUUUGGAUGGCGUGCUGUGCCACACAGCCCCCUGGGAUGCCCAAUGAGCGCAGGACUCACGUCAAGGCCGCCCACCCCGGCGUGUGCAAGGUGGCCGGCAGCAGGAAACAGUCGCGGAGCCACAGGAAAAGCCUCCUGACGGACUCCCCCUGCCUGCCCGGCUUCCUCACCGGCCCAGGACAAUGAGGGCAGAGGGAAUCCUCAUGGCAAGACGCCAGUCGGCGUCAGGCUGGUGUCUUUUGUUUCCUCUCAGUUAAUUACACGUGUAAAAUGGCCUUGCGGAGUAGCCGAAUGGCAGCGUUUCAGAAGCCGUCGUCAGUCGGCUGCCGCUACGUGCGUUGAAAACGGAAGAGAACUCCUGUGUUACGUUAGGCAAGGCUGAUCAUUAUUCAGCGUGUGUGUUUUUAUUGCUAAUAUUAUUAUUGUUGUCGUUAUAAUAAUGUUUUCUCGUUAAUAGUGUUACGACGAUUUCGUUCAGUUUCUUUGCGGUUUUCUGUCAAGGGCACAUUUUUAUCAGCAACGUGGACAGCAGAACAAGCACACCCUCAGAAUGCACAACGACACUUCUGUUUACGUGGUUAAGGUAUUUGUUGUGUUUUGUCCGUCGUUUCGCGUCUCGGUUGUUAACCCCUUCCCUCCCGGUAGACGUCUCGCUCAGAAUGUAGCCGAGCUCCAGGUUAUCGUAACGUGGCAAGUCGCCGAUGCUGCGAGGAGGAGAAACGCACCCUCCCUGCAGAACGCCUGCCCGUCUCCCGCGUUCCCCUAGCGGAAGUAGCGGACCUUGCUGCGACGAGUCCGCUGAAAGCGCUCCUUUGGUCCUAGCGGUGUGACGCUGCCCAUCUCCGGAAUGGAAGAUGCGGGUGGAGACGGAGGCCGCUGGUUCAGAAACGCACGUGCGCGUCGACGCACGCAGGUACCGAAUCACCGAGCGCGCUCAAAAGGAUGACGUUUUAGUUUGUCUUUUCCCCUUUAACGGUAAUGACAACGGUAAUCGUUACUUCGUUUUUUCUCCCCCCUACCCUGCGUGCGCAUGUAUAUUGCUUUGUACGUUUACUUUGCCGUUUGCGUUUUGACUCUGCCUCUCGCUCGGCUCGAGUGUCCGAAUGCGCUUUCGGCAAAGUUGGUCACGGAUGAGAUGCCCGUCGAGCGCGCUGUCCAUCCGCUGGAUCCUGUGGUAUGUAAAUAAGCCAGAGUACCUCCGCUGUCACCCGUGCAGUCCUGCAGGAGGCGGUCUCAGCUCAUCUCGCCCGUCACGCCACGUCUCCCGUUCCGCUCCCGACUCAUCACCGACUGUUCCCGCGCGCUCGCGUGCCUGGGAAUUGGCCAGUUCUUCCAAGGGGUUAAGUGAAUAAAACGUGGCCCUGCUGUGCUCCGAAACGUCACCGGCCGCUGGAUGUCGAGCGGCGUUUUCGCGUCCGCUCCGGUUUGUAGAUUUUGAGCGAAAGGGCGCGCCGUCCGCACGGAUCGGCGGUGUUUCCGCUCCUUUUGCGGCAACGCGCACCCGAGCGUCCCCGUGCAGAUUUCGUGCGGUUGAGCCGAUUCUAGCCGGGGGCUGCGUGGAGCUAAGGUGCGUUCCUUCGCUCCUGCCUCCACAGAGCAGUCUCGGCGGUCCUCGCGUGUGCGUAAAUACUGCGCGUUCAACUUGCGCGUUGCCAGCAUCUCGCGUGUCGCUCGGAGUCCGAGCGUCUCCCGCGAGCGCCGGCGCGAGAGCCUUUUCCUGUACAGCUCUGAGCAACUUGCGAGUGUUUACACGCACGCUCUCUUCCGGGGGCUCCGUGUGCUGCGUCGCAGGGGACCGUGCGCCACGGGCAGCCUCCGUGUUCCUCAGCGCGAGCCUCGCUUCCUUCCGCUGUGGAUUAGCUCUGUGUGUGUGUGUGUGUGUGUGUGCGCGCGCGCCCGGUCUCAGAAGUCGAUUGCUCAUCAGUGCCCCACGUCUGUCUCUGCUGUCAUCCAAGAACGGAUCCCUGUGCGUUUGCCCCCCCCCCCCCCCCCG